CCGCGGACUGGAACCGUCGCAUCGUCGGCUGUGGGGGCAUGAUUCGGGUAUUGCCAGGACACCAGGCAAGGGGACCCAGGACCCCAGGACCCCAGGUAUAGCCAGGACCCCAGGACGUAGGGCCCUGGAGUCCCUAAAUUGGCCGGGGUCACUAAACCAGGUCUGCCGUAGCUAGUGCUUUUUCGGGUGAUGGCAGUUCCGGCUAGUGGAACGGGGCGGGUGGGGGCGUCCCCCAGUACACGUCACUAAACCAGGUCCCACUAAGCCCAGUUCUGCCAACGCCCGAGCAUGGUCUUCGAGCGGAUGAGAUCGUGGCGGCCAGUUGUUCGACGUCUUCGGCGUCCAGCGAGGUCCGAGAGUCCACGAUUAAGGGAGCGGGCAUGGGCCUCUUCGCCAACGUGGACAUGCCGCGGGGCACGCGGCUGCCGGCGCCGUACCGCGGCCGUCGCCUGACGUUGGAGCAGUUCAAGAGGUUGAAGGACCCCCGGUGGUGCUACACCCUGGACGAGGGCCGGCAUUGGGCGGUGGACGGCAAGCAGCUGAAGCGGGGCAACCCGCUGCGGUACGUGAACGGGGCGAGGACGCCCGCACAGAGGCGAAGGGUGAAUGUGGUGGGCCUCAAGAUCGACGGGCAGCCGUGGUUUGUGACCACGAGCCUGGUGAAGAAGGGGUCCGAGUUCCUGAUCUCAGAGCUACGGCCCUGGCUACUGGCAGGCCCUGGACGAGCAGUGGUCCCGGCCGCAGAAGCUCCGCGCCCGGAUCCGCGAGGUGCGAGCGCGGCUGCGCGCUGCCGCCAGGGGGGCGGGGCGGCGGCACCUCGAGGAGGAGCUGGAGGACUUGCAGGACAGCCUCGAGGAGCUGGCCUGAGCAGGGCGCCCGUGCGGCGCGGCCCUGGCCUCUGCGGGACGGCGUGCGGCAGAAGAGCCGGUGGCACAGGCACGCUCGUCGGCGAGCCCCGGUGAGGAGUGCUCGGAGGGCGGCUGGGCAGAGCCUGCUCGGAGGGCGGCGGGGCUUCUCCCAGAGGCCCUCUGGCCUGCCGAGGGGCCGUCCUUUUUGGCCUUCGGCCAGGAGGCUUCUGCUCGGGUCUCUCGGGCGGCGCGCGCGCUUACGGGCAGCCUCGCGCGCCUGCUCCGAGGAGGCCGCCCCUCGCUCGUGCUCCCCACCUGGGGCUCGCCCCCCGGGCAUGCGGCCAGGCCUUCGCUGUCGGCCCGCCGUGUCGCGCCGCCGCCAGCUCUGGCCCACCACGCCCCUGGCGCGACGCGUGCGCGCCACGCCCCCCGUCCUCAGGGCAUCCUCGUCCCGAGCCUUCCCUGGCCUCCCGCCCCGCGGGGCGGAGCGACGCGCCGUCCUCGGGCCGCCGCCGAGAGGCACGCCGAGCAGCAGCUCUGGACCGUACUUAGGCUUUCUUUCUGUUCAUGCAGAUGGUUCUUCUUCUCUUCUCUCCUGGGUCGUGCAGGAGGGCGCUCCUGCAUCCACUCCUCGGGUUCGACCUCCCUGCCUCUUCCGCGGCCGGCAGUGUGAGCACUGAGCUGUAGCGGCGGGGCAGUCCCACAGAUCUGGAUCGAUGCGAGCGCCAGCUGAAAGGGCAAC